GUUUUUUUAUUUUUAUUUACUUUAAUGCCAGACUGACCUCAUCCCAGAUUAAAAUGGAUCAAGAGUUUCAGGACAUAGACUCGUCCGGACAAUGGCAAAAUCUGUACAAUGAAAUCCGUAACCAGUCUCACGAGUGUCCAUACAAAGUGGCAAACUUCCCAGAAAACCGUAACCGGAAUAGAUACAGGGAUGUGAGUCCCUAUGAUCACAGUCGAGUGAGGUUGGAAAAUUCAGAGAAUGACUACAUUAAUGCAAGCUUGGUUGUGAUGCAAGAGGCCCAGAGAAGUUAUAUUUUAACUCAGGGCCCCUUGAGGAACACUUGUGGUCACUUCUGGUUAAUGAUCUGGGAACAGCGGUCCAAAGCCGUUAUUAUGCUCAACAGACUCAUUGAGAAAGGCUCGGAAAAAUGUGCUCAGUACUGGCCAUCGGCGGAGGAACGGGAGAUGGAUUUCAGGGACACGGGUUUCCGUGUGACGCUGCAGUCGCAGAAUGUGAAAUCCUACUACACAAUACGAACGCUAGAGCUGCACAACACCAAAACGGGAGAGACCAGAGACAUCUUCCACUUCCAUUACACCACGUGGCCGGACUUUGGCGUCCCAGAAUCCCCGGCGUCGUUCCUCAACUUCUUGUUCAAGGUUCGAGAGUCGGGCUCGUUGGAGGCGGGGAACGGUCCUGCUGUGGUGCACUGCAGCGCAGGGAUUGGUCGCUCAGGGACCUUCUCAUUGGUCGACACGUGUCUGGUUCUGAUGGAAAAGAGAAAAGACCCGUCGUCUGUGGACGUCCAGAAGGUUCUGCUUGACAUGAGGGAGUUCCGUAUGGGUCUCAUUCAGACCCCAGACCAGCUCCGUUUCUCCUACAUGGCCAUUAUGGAGGGAGCCAAGUGCAUCAUGGGUGAUUACUCUCUGCAGAAGCAGUGGCAGAAGCUCUCUGAAGAGGACCUAGAACCAGCGGCUGACCUUUCCCCGACCUCCCAGAACACCCAGCGGCUGUCAGACUUGCUGAAUGGACAGACAGGGCUUUUCGCAGAGGCUGAGGAACCAGAGACGUCAGACGUCUGCACGGAAUCGCCGCAGGAAGAGCAGCACACAGAGGACACAUCCAGCAGUCUACGCAAGCGGCAUCGGGAGGAGAAGAAAACCAGCAUGGCGCAGAAGCUGCAGCAGAUGAAAGACAAGAUGAAAGACGCAGAGAAAAAGAAGGAGACGUGGCUCUACUGGAGACCCAUUGUUCUGAAUGUAGGGGCUGGAGCUGCGGUGGCGUUUGGACUCCUCAUGUGUUGGGUUUUCCUUUCGCAAUGAUGGCUCUGGUCCCACAUAGACUUUCCUCUUACUUUGUACUUUUUUUUUGUUUUGUUUUUGUUUUUGUUUUUGUUUUUG